UUGAGUGUUACAGGGCCAGAAACUAUACAUAUGUAUUCACUGUUGGUCACAUGAAUGUACAGUAACAACUACUCAACUACUGGCACGCAGUAGGGCUGCAGAGGGGAGGGCUGACGACGAGGCAGAGUGGGAAGACGAAUAGACCAGGGGAGUCAGAACUCGGGCCCCGACCACAUCUUUUCAUGCGAAGAAACUGCACCGUCAAGAACCCCUGUUUUUGGUCAUCUAAAGCGACUCUGGCCCGGGCCUAAGUCCGCGGUCUUGAGUUGGUUAGCAGGGUGUGAUUACAGCACGUCUGUCAGUGUCCCAGAAAGUAAUUUUCACCAGGAGGCAGUCAUGGGCGACAGCAGAGAUUCCCACAGCCCAGACAGCUCCUCUGUGUCUUCCCCUCCCUCUGGCAAGCGUUCACCCCCCAUGACCCCCACAGCUGCCGCCAUGACAUCCCUGCCGCCUAUCACCUCGGCCGUCAACAGCCCCAUUAGCAGCAUGGGCUCACCCUUUUCCGUCAUUAGCUCCUCCCUCGGGUCACCCUGCUUGCCCGGGACACCCUCAGUUGGCUACGGCCCCAUCAGCAGCCCCCAGAUCAACUCAACUGUGUCCAUGUCGGGUCUCCAUGCGGUCAGCAGCUCUGACGACGUCAAGCCUCCGUUCGGCCUGAAGGGUCUGGGGGGCCACAGCCCGGGGGGCCCCAUGCUCUCCCAGAAGCGCCUGUGUGCCAUCUGCGGCGACCGCUCCUCCGGGAAGCACUAUGGCGUGUACAGCUGUGAGGGCUGCAAGGGCUUCUUCAAGCGCACGGUGCGCAAGGACCUGAGCUACACCUGCCGGGACAACAAGGACUGCCUGGUGGACAAGCGCCAGAGGAACCGCUGCCAGUACUGCCGCUACCAGAAGUGUCUGGCCUGUGGCAUGAAGAGGGAAGUGGUCCAAGAUGAACGACAGAGAUCCGUGCAGGAGGAGCGUCAAAGGAACAAGGAGCGGGAGAGUGAGGUGGAGUCCACCAGCGCCGUCAACGAGGAGAUGCCCGUCGAGAAGAUCCUGGAGGCCGAGAUGGCCGUGGAGCAGAAGACGGAGCUGCAUGCUGACGGGAGCUCCGGAGGCAGCUCACCCAACGACCCGGUUACCAACAUCUGCCAGGCGGCCGACAAGCAGCUGUUCACCCUGGUGGAGUGGGCCAAGCGGAUCCCCCACUUCUCUGAGCUGGCUCUGGACGACCAGGUCAUCCUGCUACGUGCCGGUUGGAACGAGCUGCUGAUCGCCUCCUUCUCCCACCGCUCCAUCAGCGUGAAGGACGGCAUCCUGCUGGCCACUGGCUUGCACGUGCACAGGAACAGCGCCCACAGCGCGGGCGUGGGAGCAAUCUUCGACAGGGAGAGUGCGCACAAUGCAGAGGUUGGGGCCAUAUUUGACAGAGUCCUCACCGAGCUGGUCAGUAAGAUGAGAGACAUGCAGAUGGACAAGACAGAACUGGGCUGCCUUCGAGCCAUCAUUCUGUUCAACCCAGAUGCCAAAGGCCUGUCCAGCCCCAGUGAAGUGGAGCUGCUGAGGGAGAAAGUGUACGCAUCUCUGGAGUCCUACUGUAAACAGAGAUACCCCGACCAGCAGGGCAGGUUCGCUAAGCUCCUCCUCCGGCUGCCAGCGCUGCGCUCCAUUGGCCUGAAGUGCCUGGAGCACCUGUUCUUCUUCAAGCUGAUUGGCGACACCCCGAUCGAUACGUUCCUCAUGGAGAUGCUGGAGGCGCCCCAUCAGCUGACCUAAGAACCAGGUUCUGCUCCGGUCUUACACCAGGGGUUCUAGUACCGGUACUCUGGUUAUGGGGUUUCACUGUGUCCAGCUCAUUCGUAUCCAACCCCCCUCCCCCAUAAGCUGAUACAGCUCUGAAAGACCAUAUGCUGUAAAAAGAUAAUAAAUAAUACACACACACUUUUUCCAACACAUACACACUCACAAACGGGCACUUUUUCAAAAUAGGGGUUAAGACACAUUGAAAAUCUCCUUUUUAACCACAUAUACACAUUUUAUCAUAAGUUAUCAGGUUCUAGCCCUUCGCUUUGAGUGUUAAAGCUUCUUCCAAUCCGGUCAACCUUCCUGAUUUCUGUUGGGUUCGUUUAUUCAGAUAUAUCGCCAUAGGCAUGGAGAUGACGAGUGGUUUCUCAGUCUUUUGGUUUUACUCUCUGGGUUAAUCCGAAAUCUGUCAUAAUCAUGUAAUAUUUAAAAAAAAAAUAUGUCCCCCCACGUCUGUUGGUUCGAGAGACCUCUAUCUGCUCUCAGUUGACCAAUAGGAAUGUGAUUUUAAUGCAAUGUUUUAUUUACGCUUAAAUAUGCUCAAUCCUUUUUAAAGUACUGUACUCAUUAAAUGAGACCUUUUCAAGGCAUUGAAAUCCACAUAAGGGGCACAUUGGUUUGCCCUUCUUAAAGCGCACACCAGGCUUUAAAAAAAAAUGACUAUGUUUUUUUUCUUUUGUUUAAUAUUGGCGUUUGGUCUUAAGUCCAAACAAGGGCCAUUGGGCAUAGGAAGUUGGAGCUUGUUCGAGAGCACUGCGUUCUAAGGUGUUGUUGUAUCGGUUUGUUUUAUUUGAUACCCUAUCUGAUGGUCAUAUUUGCACUCUGUGAAACGUUACUGUGUAAGUAAACAUUUGUUGCAGAAACCCCAUCUUUUAGAAACCGCGGCAGCCAGAAUGAACCCUUCCCCGAAGCACACGUUGUCUUUAUUAGAGCCAAGAUUUUGAUUGCGGUGCUUUGUUUUUUUUUUUGCGUAAUCGGGGGCUCGCGGCCUCAAGUCACGUUAACAUUCUAUAAAAGAAGAAGAAUAGGACAGGGUGAUCCCAAUCUAUGCAUACAGUAGGGAAGACGCAGGGGUUAGCUAGCAUGUUAGCGCACACACAGUGAAACAAGAUGUACUGUAAACAAUAAUAAAUGAAAAAAACUUGAAGGGUUUUACGAAUUGACUGGAUUGUAAGCUUGAAAAGCCACCUCAUUGUCCCUCCCCCACUAGUACUGCUAGUGGUGCUAUCACACUCUGUGAUGCCGUUCGUCCGGCCCACUCUUGGAAGUGUCACGGGUAGGGGGAUAGACUCCGCCCCUUUAGGCUGCCCAGCCUCUGACAAUAAUGUGCAGCUGAUUGGCCGGCUUCAGUGGAUGACGUGCCAGUCCUCUACUGCCACUUUAAUGCGUGGUCCGUUUGCACAGAACUAUGCACCAGGGGCUGAUUUAACUCCCCAUAACAGAACUGGACUUUAACUCAUUAGACACGAACUUUAGGGCAUAUUAUAAAGAGAAUCAUUACAAGCAAUGUGAGUAUUAUCGGAGAAUGCGUAGCAAUUGUGACCAUACUUUGGGAAUGGAAGGAUUUACGUGUGUUGUUUCUGAAUAUUUAGAGAUUGGUAUAAAUGACCAAAACCAAGGAUGGAAAAUAGAAGUUGCUGUUUAAAGUUACUGGACAAGCUGUCUCAAACCUGUUGGAGUGAUAUGGCCUUUCAGUUACAGACGUGUUUCCACCAGUGCAGACCGUGUUAUGACAGUUAGCCUAGCGCUCAGGAGCAUUGGGCCAGUAACCAAAUCAUUUGCCUCAUUGAAUCCCCAAGCCCAUAAGGUGACAAAACUGCCGUUCUGCCAUUGGCGCAAGGCAAUCAAUCUUAAUAGCUCCAAAGGCACCUAACGCAUUAGCCCCGCCCCCCCAGUGCUCCUCCGGUUUGGAAGGGUUGGAUUAAAAGCGGAAGUCACAUUUCGGCUGGACCUCGUGUGUAAUUGUCGCCAAAACCGAUUUCAUUCAAACUCCGUACACGCCCACCCUUACACAAGGUCGGGGUUGCAGGUACACACUGCCCCUCCCCUCUUGAAAUAGAGGUCUGUUCAGAAUAGGGUUGCCUCAGCCAAUCCCCCAGUCACUUGUAGUCAGCCCUUGUGCAAGAGAGGAAUGCCUCCCCCGUGUGGAUAUUGAGGAUUAUGCGUGUCUAACACGGUACCCUGCUCAAACCGUACAGAAAGGCGACGCCAUAGACCAGUUACACACCUCUGGGUUUAUGUCUAUGCAUGUGAGCGGCACCCAGCCCUUCUUCCGGUGUCCGGACGGCGUAUGUACAGAGAAGAGGAUGGGCCGCCGGUCACGCCUUCGCAGCAGAACCUCUGAAUCUAAUUCAGAUUUAGCGGCUGCAGAAUGAAAUUCACGAGUCAAACUCGAGGUCAGUGUUAAAAAAAAAAAAAAAAAAGGAAAAAAAAAUUGUAGUCCCACAGAGUAGAGUUAUGUGUAACACCCCCCCCAUGUGAACAAUGAUCCAUUCACACCUCCAUGCUGGCAACAGCAGGUCCUGCAAUUCCCUCUUAUGGUUCUUUGUUGGUGUUAUUAUUUUUUUUUUGGACCUUCCUCAGUUGAAUGUGAAUGCCUGUCAAUGUCCCGUUUCUUUACAAACAAUGCAUUUACAGUGAAUCCCUUGCUAUGCUGUGUCUUAUCCUAUACAAUUUAGUUUUGCAGAGAUUAUUUAGUACAGUACCGUUCUACGUAUAACAGCUCUAUACAAAUUCUACAGGUUCCAUAAGCUAAGCAUUUUUUUGAAGUUGUUUCAGACAGUGUUUCAGAAGAAUGGUCAAUUGUUGUAUUUUUUUCUUCUGCCUGUGUGCUUGUCUUUGUUUAUAUGCGAGUACAUUGACUACAGACAACAAAAGCUCUGGUUAUGCCAGUGAGCUUGGCUGGCUGCAGCACGGAGAGGUUUUCAACAGAAGAUGCACAGGAGAGUAAGGGGCAAGCAAAGGGUGGGCGUCAAUUGGCAAAUACUGUACGUCGCCCGGCCCCGUCUCUUCCCUCGCCAGCGGAGUGCAAUGUCCCUAUUGGUAUUACUUGAUGGCAGUGCGCUGGCAGUCGUCGCCCCCUGGAGGCGGACUGCCCAUGUGCAGCCCAAAGAUGCGUGUCCCUUGUGACCGCGUGCACUCAAGGCGGAAGCCUGGACCUUUAAUUACAUACAGUAUCUCCUCUUGGUUAGUUUUGAAAUCACUUGCUUUAAAUAUAUAAAAUGAAACACUUUAUUUCAACUGUUGGGGACUCUGUGAGCUGUACUCUGUUGUUGUGCAGCGGGGUGCGAUACUUAGGCGCCCGGAGGCAGCGGUCCACUGUGCCAUGAUGAAAAGGCCUCACGCCACCCCUGUGAUGAUGCAACACUGCCAGUGAGGUGUGAAGGCCAGCGUCAGCGCUGCACUGCGCUGGGGUCCCAUGACUGUUGAGUGUUCAGAGUGGUAUGCUUGCUCACUAAAAGAGGGCCCCUUAUAACAAGGGGGUCACAGCAAGGGCGGAGGGCACUGGUCGAGAGGGGGUCAGAGGCCAGACGUCCCUCGGGUGCUUAUUCUGUGCAUUGGUGCUUUUUUAUUUUACGUUUUAUUAAAGGGUUCGCCCUUGCGUGAUUGCCAAGAGGGCGGAGUUAAAAGCUAGGGACUUGCAUGGAAAAUGUUUUCUAGUUGCUAUUUGGAUCAGGGUUCGGUCUUCCGUGUCCAGUGCGCACAGUGUGUUUACGUAGAAAAAUAUGCGUGGAACUCUGCCAGCAAAUCUUGGCUUCGGAAAAAAAGUGUUGCCAUAGAGCCCAAUGGUUCAAGCUGAAGUCACGCCUCAACUUGAGGGGAGGGGCUAACUCAACAUGGCAGACACCAUACCCUCUUAGGAGGGGACUGUGCUCCAGUUGGUAGAAUGCAUUAAAAGAGGAAUUGCUUAGGGUGGGAAACUUUUGCUUGAUCAGAUGUUGAUCAAGAAAGUCUGUUUUCUUUUUCAUUAGAUUUAGAGAUUUUCUGUAAUUAACUCCCACCAAAAUACACUGCUUCUAUGUCUGUUUGACUGCGCUAUUCAUCUUUGUGUAUUCAGGAGUAUUAAACAUGCAAAAACUGUUAUCACAUGGGAUCUUCAGUUUCCUUUUUCUUAUGUCUACUUUGUCAAGUUUUUAUCUCUGACUACAGAAUACAUGUGGAAAUGGUUGACUAUUUUGUGUGUUUUGGGGAAGGCAAGAAAAAUAUAAAUAAUGAUAAUUUUUUCUUCAUUAAUUCGUAAUCUGUUUCUGUUUGUUGUACUAUGUCAGAGUAAAGGUUUUAAUACUGUA